AUGAUGCACUCUUCGAUCACACGAACCAUCUAUCACAACAGCAAUGUCAAUCUAGGACCCUCGUGUAUGUGCGCUCUAUCGGACAAAUCAAUGGAGCGCGAUUUCAGCGAAGAAGGUUGUCGGUGUCACACUAACAAAAAAACCAAAAAAUUUUUAAAUCAAAAUUUGGAAAAAAUUCAAAAAUCCGAAAUUUUUGAAAAUUCCAAAACUCAAAAUAGUGAAAAACACAAAAAAUUCAAAAAUCCAAAACAAUAA